CACUGCCAAACACUGAUGUUUAAUCUAUGUUUGGAGAAUUGCGAAUGGAGAACAAUACUAAGUUUACUGAAUUUAUUCUCAUUGGAUUUCCCGGACUCCCUCAGAAGUUCCAUCCUUUGGUUUCAGUAACAAUGUUCUUGAUCUAUAUUAUAGCGAUGACAGCAAAUGGCACCGUAAUAUUUCUGAUCAUUGUGAAGGAACAUUUACACCAACCAAUGUAUCUAAUGAUAUUCAACCUUUCUCUUUCCGACCUCAUCUUUGACACAAUAACCUUACCAAAAAUCAUUGCCAUGUAUUGGUUUGGAGAUGGAAAGAUGUCAUUCAUGGCAUGCAUUGUCCAGACAUUCUGUGUCCAUUUUCUGGCUAACUUGAAUUCUUUUACUAUCAUGCUAAUGGCUGUUGAUCGUUAUGUUGCCAUUUGGAACCCCUUGAGAUACUCUUCAAUAAUCACCAAUACAUUAAUUGCUUGUCUUUGCUGCAUUUUAUGGCUCAUUGCAGCAUGUUUUCCAAUGUCACCGUUACUUAAAGCUGCACAGGUGCUUUACUGUGGCAACAAAGUAAAAAGCUGUUUUUGUUCCAUCUCUUCAGUUCUUCCAUUGUCUUGUGUGGACACAUUUUUCAUCACUGAACUUGCUUUUACUAUUGCCAUGAUUACACUGCUGAUCCCAUUAGCUUUUAUUAUAUUCUCAUACAUUGCCAUAAUAAGGACAGUCUGCCUGUCUGGACGGAAUGGAGACUGGCAGAAGGCAUUUUACACCUGUUCUAUACACUUGUUUGUCAUUUGCAUGUACUUUAUCCCUCGGUUAUUUGUUUAUACAUGUAAUCAGCUCCGUUUGAUUCUUAAUGCUGACAUAAAUGUCUUGCUUCUUUGUCUUUACACAUUUGUACCACAUGUUGCCAAUCCGAUUAUAUAUUGUCUGAGGAAUAAGGAAAUUAAAACCACUAUUGAAAAAAUAUUUUGUUUAAACAAGAAUAUGGGCCAUCUAAAAAUUUAG